GGAUCCAUAUUUCUCGUCUCGGGUGGAAAAAAAAAAGAGCAAACAUAAUGCUUCACCGCCAUUACCCGAGGAGGCCCCGCAGGCGCAGCAGAUCGGAGGAUGAGCGUUGUUGCUGGUGCUUCUCCUGUGACUGCGAUUAUAUCGAGAAACCCGAGCAGAAGUGCGGGUUCUGGGCAGUCUGCGUCUUCGUCUACUCCCUCGUCGACUACUUCAUCCCAAUCAGCCUGGUCUCGGUCCUCCUCUGGCUCGUCCUCCGCCCCAGCAACCUUCGGCCGCGGGUGGACGCCGCCGUCGCCGUCAGCUUCAGCCUCGACAACGCGACCUCGUCGCUCGACUACGACUUCGCCGUGGACCUGCGCUUCCGCAACCUGCACCGGCACCUCGACGUCCGGUACCUGGACCUGGUAGCGCUGGCGUCGUACGGCGGGGAACGGCUCGGCCCCAGCGCCGACGUGCUGCCCGUCUUCGUCCAGCGCCCCAUGGCGUCCAACGCUGUUCGCGCCAGCUUCCAGGGCAGCGCCGCUCCGCUGUCCCCGGCAGCAGCCGAGCUGUUCGCCAUGGAGGCCGCCAACGGCUCCUUCGGCGUCCUCGUGAAGGUCGCCUCGACGUUCAUGUACAAGUUCCCGUUCCAGAAGACGGUCUACUACCUCGACCAUGAGUGCUACAUCCGUUUCCCGGCGCCCAACGGCGGGGUGGUGACGCCGGGGACGCUUUGCAGCGCCACAGCGCGGAAAUAAUUGAGAGUUUCAACCAAACAGCAAAAUCCACAAGGAAUCUAUCACUUAACCACACGGCGAUGAUGGAUUACUCGCCGCCGCCCGUCGUCGAGGACGACGACAGCCCCAAGCUAGGCCCCAACUUCACGAUGCGCCAGUUUAAUCAUCAUCCUUGUACUGUUUGCAUCCAACUCUUGUUUGAGUAUAUGUUCAUGUACUCUAUCGAUCGAUCUGUAAGACUGUAAUCCUUAAUAAUAAUAAAGUGAAAUGGAAGUUCUUUUUCGUC